UAAAUAUUUAAAAAUUAGCAGGAGACCUAAAUAUCUGCAGGAGCAGCGGUCGGACUCAUCCAUGUCUAUUCCGGUAACACACCCGCAGCAGCAACAGCUCAACCCAAAUCCAAAUCCAAAUUCAAAUUCAAUUUCAAACGCAAAUGCAAAUUUAUCGUUGGAAGAUGUAUCCAAGUGUUUCAAUCUUCCUCUCUCCGACGCUGCUGAGUCUCUCGGUGUCUCUAACACGACCCUGAAGAAAAUAUGCCUGGAUAAUGGUCUCGUCAGGUGGCCAUAUCGGAAGUUUCUCCUAGGCAAGAGCAUCGAGGAUAUCUUAACGGAAGCAGCUCUAGAGAAAAAGACAAGAUCUGAGUUACUAAAGUCCACAAAAGACGGAAAGGUUGAUGCGACAAAGAAUACUACAUCAGUUGGACCUGUACACGAGGUUCCCAAACCACGCUCAAUCACACAGCCGACAUAUAAGAAGAUCCAGCCUUCUUCCUCUUUGGCCAUAGUUGAUGAAUUUAGGUAUGGUUUUCCAUCAAAGGGCUUAUUAAGAACCUCUAACAAAUGGUGGGGAAGCAGUACUACUAAUAACAAGGAUACCCGUGUUAAGGAAGACAGAAAUAUUGAACAAACUGAACAGAAGUCUGAAAAGCUAUUGAAGAGUAGUCCAAGUAAAGGCGAAGUUGGUGGUCAGAGUGAAACAAAUGAAACGAACACUUCUGCCCAAUUCUCAGGUACAGGUUUAUUAUCAGCCGUGAGAAAAAGAGCUCUGGAGGAAGGGCAAGAAGCAUUGAAGCUUGGGUUUCAUUAUUGUUCUGGCAUAAACAAGCCAAGAAAGCGAGAAAAACUAUUGCUUCGGGGAAUUUUCGGCUCAUCGUUGCCAAAAGAGUGGACAGAUGUCUCUUCUUGAAUCUUUAUGAGACCAUAUUUCAGUUAUGACCAUAGUCUACGUAGGGUAAUAUAUGGCUGGAAUUUCAUACCAGUAAACUCUUCAAUUAUUUAUCUUGUACCGGGUACAAGUGCAAGUCAGUUCAAAACUACCGGAUGGAUGACCUUUAUUGGCUAGUUUAUCAUUUUAUGUCAAUAUUUAUUAAGGGGUUAUCCGUAAAUUACA